GACAUCGCUGGUAUAACUACUGGUCUCUCUCCAUGAAUUUUAUUACUAAAUACUAGUAUGAUUGGCUUACGCGUUCUCGAAAGGCUUAAUAUUUCUUUGUGUUUUUACCUUAAGAACGAAACGUUUUUAAAUGUCUAUUACAUCCUUUUGUGUUAAUUAAUUACCACUGACUGUGCUACAUGUAAUUUUAGAUAUUUCAUUUGGUUUGCGGACUACAUGUAGUUAAAUUAAUUUCAAUUUUUUCACAAAGAAAGAAAAAAAAUGUUUGCUGUUUUUAAUAACACUGAAUGUGGAUUUUUACUGAAUGGGCGUGGAUCGCUGUCAGAUGAAGCAACAGUUGGAGUCCAUGGAUCACUCAGGAUGACCGAGGCCUUUUGGCUGAUUCUAGGGUUCGGAGUAUUUGCCUCAAUGUUAGCUGUAGGAUUCAGUGCCAUUCGAAAGUACAUCUACAAAGAUAAAAAUUCUUUGGAUGUUUCAUUCGAUGCUGGGGGGAAUGUGAACGCAGGGUUAACGGCAACCACCCUCGUUUCUCAAUGGACGUGGGCAGCAACUCUUCUGCAGUCCGCGACAGUGGGUAGCAAGUAUGGUAUAAGCGGGCCGUUUUGGUACGCUGCUGGUGCCUCUGUUCAAAUGCUGCUGUUUUCAAUGGUCUCCGUUCAGCUAAAGAUCAGAGCCCCUGGUGCCAAGACCUUUCUCCAGGUCAUUAAAGCCAGGUUUGGGACAAGGACGCACAAGAUAUUCUGUGGAUUCGCUCUUAUGACGAACCUUAUUGUUACAGCCAUGUUAAUGCUAGGUGGCGCUGCAGUAAUGAAGAGUCUCGUUCAGGACAUCAGUGUGGAAUACGCAACGCUGCUAGUAACAACCGUGAUUGGAGCGUAUACUUUCAUCGGAGGACUGGGUGCAACGUUCUAUGUCUCGUACUUCAACACAGGCAUCAUAUACAUCUUAAUGAUGAUCUUUGUCAUGAACGUUUUCAAUGACGAUUCAAGUACAAGAACUCUAGGCACGGUUGACAAAGUUUAUACAUUAGUGUCUUGCAGCAAAGGACCAGAUGACAAUUAUAAAAACAGCUUUCUAACCAUUCAGUCAAAGCAAGGUCUGAUGUUUGGAGUGAUCAAUAUAGUUGGCAAUUUUGGCACUAUAUUUGUGGAUCAGUCAUACUGGCAAAGCAGCGUUGCAGCCAAACCUAAGCAAGGUGUGGUAGGGUUCCUUGUGGGGGGUCUAUGUUGGUUUGCUAUACCGUUUGGUCUUGCCACGACUACUUCCCUAGCUUACAUAGCCCUCAGCGCCAACCAAAACCAAGCCCUUUUGAGUGAAACAGAUGUAGAUGCAGGACUAGUUCCUGUUGUAGUCGCUCAAAAACUACUAGGACGCACUGGAGAGUUCAUCAUCAUCAUCAUGAUCCUAAUGGCUGUGACGUCAACGGGUUCAGCAGAGGUCAUGGCCGUGUCGUCCAUAUUGGUUUACGAUGUUUACCAGUUAUAUCUAAAGCCCUAUCGACUAGUUACUGACGCCAAUAGCUGUAUUCUUUGUGGCCGUAGCAGGGGACGUAUGGCAAACCCACGUGACCGAUGUAAAUGUGAGAGCAUGACGUUCUGUAAUGCAUGUACUGAAGACGAUAAAGAGCGUGAGAUAUGCAAGAAGGCCAUCAAACCAAAGUACAGAUGUGUCACCCACGGAUCUUUCCGGGAAUACUGCGACUACCUCAGUCAGCUUAAGAACUGGUGUCUACUGUGGAGUAUACUGGCUAUUCUACCUCUCACCAUAGCACUCAAUUUACUGGGGCUGAGUCUUGGAUGGGUGUACCUGUUCAUGGGUAUACUGAUUGGCUCUGCUGUGAUUCCCAUCACGCUCUGCAUGUGCUGGGAGAGAGUCACCGGCAAUGGAAUGAUAGCAGGAGCAGUCUCUGGCACAUUCCUGGCAUUGAUCACGUGGUUAUCGGUUGCAGCUACUAACGAGGGUGGUCUUAAUAUGGACAAGUUCUUUGAAAAUACAGGUAAAGAAAACGCAAUGUUAGCCGGGAAUCUGAUGGGGAUUUUGUCCAGUGGGAUUAUAACUCCAGCUGUGAGUAUGCUGACGACACCCCAUGAUCAUAAUAGAGACGACAUAUGGGAAAACACCAGAGACAUAGACAAUCCACUAAACCCUUGGACAGAACGCUACGCAAAGGACCUUAACUUACGUGCUGCACAUCAACUGGACAACCGGCCGUCUUAUGAAGAGGUGCACAACUCUAUGCGGACAGCACGCAUGCUGGCCAAUGGCCUGUCUCCAAUACUCACAGUAAUCUUCGUUCUAAUCUGGCCCAGUCUUCUAUUGUUAGAGGGUGUGUUUGAUUUAGCGUCUUUUAAAAGAUGGAUAUAUUUAACAAUGACAUGGUGCCUUUGUGCCACGCUAUUUAUAAUCAUUGCACCCAUCGUGUAUGAGACCAUUGAUAUAAGAAAUGCCGUUAAACAAAUGACAGUAGUUCGUCCUCUAAAGAAGAUUUCAACGGCUGAGAAGGACAGAACUCGCAAUGGAUCUGACGUCAAAAGACAGCAGGUUAACGUCAUAAUGAAAAACGAUCAAAGCUUCGUAGACCCAAAUUUCAUCAAUAAAAGCAGACAGAACUCCCUCACUGUUAGUGAAGCACCAUGACAUGGCAUACAAAUGAGACCACGUGUCAAUCAUGAAUCAACACAAGAUACAAUGUCCAUCCUAUUACCCCAGACAAACUUUCAAUGAUAAACUUUUUAUUUUGUCUAAUAACCUGGACAUUUUCUUAACCAGCUUCAUGUUAUAUAUUAACUGUUUAUGCAGCUACCACAUUACGAAUUUUAGCAGGGUAUGGAAUGUUUUACGGUGCGACCGUUUGGACGAGUGCAGCAUAAAACUAAAUACACACAUUUUGUAAUGAUAAAUUAAUAAAAAGUUUAUGGUUUAGCAAAUGAAAGCAUUAACGUGAUAAAAAAAGAAAACUAAUGAAAAAAUUGUUUUUAAGUGUUUUCUAAAUAUAAUUAUUCAUUACACUCCAGCUAUACAUGUAUUGGCAUUAUACCACGAUGUUUUGAUUGAUUAAUAAGAACUUUGUUAAAAUAAAUCAUUAGUUACAUGUACAAUUCAGAGUUAAAGUGAUUGUGACAUCUGAGUACACAAAUUUCAUUUGUUUGUGAGACAAUUGAGGACGAAUAUUAAUAAGAACCGUGUCACGUGGGAUAUAGCUCACGUAAAAUGUGUACGUGUUUUCACCGUAAUUCGAAUGUUCUGUUCGCCCAUACGUUGUCGUUAGAGCUUGCAGUGCUUGUCGGCGCGCUAUUCAUGAGUAUGUAAGGGAUAUUUUUUAUGCUUUACGAACACAAUUAAAAUGUUGCAAGCUACCGUAUUAAGUUUGUUCAUCUUUUGCCAUUUUAUUGUUUAAAGGUCUAGGUGUUAUCUUCCUGUACAACUUCUUCAUGUUGACAUAUGACAGCAAGUUUUGUAGUGUAGGUGAAACUAUGGUAAAACUAUGUCGAACCUAUUGGCAACUCUAAGUUUACAAUGUGCUCUAUUUCCUUAGCUAAAUGUAUCGAUAGCAGAUUGUACUGUAGCCACUGAAUUUAAUACGAGAUUAAUGAUUUGAUGAGAAAAUUAAGUACAUGUAGUUGAAAAAAAGAAGGCAAGGAAUAAGGUCUGGUCUACGAAUGCCUGUUAAUAUAACAAUGCAAAUCUUUGCACAUUUUAUAAACAUUCAUAUUUUAUAAAACAGGUUUGAUUAACCCUGCAUACUUUCUACACACGAAAUGAAUGUUAUUAGUUAAUUUGUUUAUUGUCAUUUUUGUACAACCUUUUCACUUUAAAGCAAUUACUAUCAUAUCAUAUAAUGGUGUUUAGAAUGAGAGGUUUAUCAGGUUUAUCAUUCUUUUAUCGAUCUGUGUGUUGUUAACUGUUACUCUGCAAUAAGGAAUAAAUCUCAGUAUUAUUAUGUUCUAACAGUAUGUUUUUUGGUUGUUGGUUAAUGUUACAUCAUGAGAUUUAAAAUCAAAGAAUCAUAAAGAAGAAGGUAUAGUUUCUUUUCAAUAUUUGCCCUAAAAUUCAAAAGUUGUUUAAUUCUCAUAAAAAUACACAUAUACCAUUUUGAACAUGUGUGUAUAUAUAGUACCAAAUUAUGCACUUUUAUCUUGUU